GCUCCGCCUUUGCCGCUGAGGGGCGCCUGGCGCUGAUUGGCUGAGAUUGCCUGUCGGUCACUCCCUGACGGAGGAGGGGAGGGGGCUGCCCUGCCCGGUUCGGGGCUUGGCAGCAGGUUCAGUUGCGCCGCAGCGGCAGCAGCGAGAGAAGCUGUGAGGUGGCGGAGGCGGCCGGGAAGAAGGAGGGAAAGAAAGCAUCAGCCACGCAGGGGAAAGCAGAUCCCAAGUUCUUCGCCAUCCACUUAACAGGACUAUCCCAAGAACAGUGGAAGGAAAGAGUUUUCGGUGCUGGCUGGGCCUAGAACUGAUGGCAGACAAUGUCUACAACUAACAACAUAGCCCAGGCCCGGAAGUUGGUCGAGCAGCUGCGCAUUGAAGCUGGCAUCGAGAGGAUAAAGGUCUCCAAAGCAUCCUCCGAGUUAAUGAAUUAUUGUGAGCAGCAGGCCAGGAACGACCCUCUGUUGGUUGGCGUUCCUGCUUCUGAGAACCCCUUCAAGGACAAGAAGCCAUGCACCAUCCUAUAGCUUGGUCCUCGCCUGCAUGUUUGCUCUCUGUCUCUCUGUCUGUCUCUCAGGCAAGGCGCCAGCCUGCACCGAUUUAAAGCCGAGUCACGCAAACUUUCAAAACUGCGCAGAGGGGUAAGGACUGGGAGCUCAAGCUUAGCUGGCAGUCCACAAAACUUCUCUUUAAAAAAGAAAAAUCUAAAAAGUGUUCACAAAUCCAAGGUCCACCUCUGAUCCCAAGAAGGGUUCCAAUUUUAAAAACAAAGCCAAGGUUCUGCUUAAAGGGAGGGGGGAGCAGAGGAAAGGGGCAUCUGUUUUUAAUACAGCACUAACUUUUGGAGAGAUGGGGCCAAGCCUGGAUUCACAGCCACUGACUUCACUUUGACCUGGCCUCUGUCUUGAGAGAUGAGACCAGAGCCGGGUGUGCGUGCGCAUGUGUUUUAUUGUAUAAAACUAAUAUUUUCAAGUGUCGGAAUACAGAAUUUAUGCCACGGGGUGCAGGCCAGUGGGAGACGGGGCACAAGAUGUGCAGGAGCCAUAUUCUGCGGGGUCAUUGUAUGAAAAUCAUGAAACGUUCUGUCCAUUCCCAGAUGUGCCAUGUGGCUGGGAAGCACCAUGUUACUGUACAGUGUGUGUAAACAGCAGGGACCAAAGCUGUGUCCCUGCAAUGUGGGGGGGAUUGGCCAGUGACCUGUUCCAUAGUAAACUCUUUAGCUUCAUAGGAGAGCAGAUUUCAUUUCAAGGAGCAAAGAGAUGGAAAAAAGGGUCCUUUGUUUGCCAUCAGAUCACCUUUGGAGAACACCUUUUCCCUGCCUCUUGCUCUAGUGCUGCUGGCUUUAUUCCCCGUCCUCUCCCACAUGUGGAUGGUGCAGAUAAUUCUCUCUCACGGAGCCCUCGCUUUUAACUUCCCUUCCUUGUCCUCCUGUCAUAAGAGCCCUUCCUUCGUUCCAGUAAUCUUCAUAGAGUUAAAUUUGGAAGGCCCACUGUUUGUGUCCGUCUGCUAUACCAAGCUCCCUUUCCAAGGAAGGGCAUGCAUGCGUACGCUAGCUGAACUCUGGAAAGACAAGCAAGUGGUAGAGAAUGGAGAUUCUUGGCCAGUCCAUUCCUGCACAGAGGAAACAGCCGACGGACCAGCUGCUUGUUUGCUGAGGUCCAGCAGCUUCGAAAGCCCUCUCUGUUUAUGGAUGUGAGGAGCCUACCAGGGCCCACCUCCAGGGGGCCUUCUUUGCAAGAGCCCCCCUUGCUGCUCUCGCUGCUAGCUUGUGAGCAGUAGGCCUUUCUUUACCGUCCAUUUCCUGUAGCGGCGAGAGGAGCCUGCAUUUCCCACCUUCUGACCUGCGAUUGGUGCUCUGGCUCAUGGCUAGGUGACCAGCCUCAGAUGAGGGAGUCUUGAGCCGGCUUCUUCGUUACCAAAUAACACAUUUCCAAACUGGGAUAGGAUGCCUACAGACAAAGUUGCAGGGGAGCCUUCCUUUAAUAAUUGGUGUGAAGUUAUAGGAGGCCUGAAGGUUAGUGAAGGGUUGGAGACAGCCUGGUCUGCUUGGUGUCCCAAAUGGGGAAGUGAGGGGUGACUGCAAAACCUUCACUUGCCUUCGUGGACCAUCUUUGAUUCCAUUCUCCAUCUGAUUUUAAUAGCAGGGCGUUCCUCCGUCCCGCAGUUAACCAUGCUAAGCUGGGUGGGAUGAGCUGAGCCCCUAGCCCAGAUGUCCUAAUGGUGGUAAGAGAAAUGAGGGGCUUAAGAUCUUAAGAUGUGUGCAAGGUCCACGCUACAAAAUCCUCAGUGGUUGAGUAUGGCAAGAAUGGGCAGGCUUGACUUCAGCUUGAAGCACCAGAGAAUCUGCUUCCUCCAGUCAGAGGAGACAAAAAAAGCUCCUGACUUAGUGCUGUUGGGGGGGCGGGGGGCAGCUCGUUGCUGUCUGGUUUUGAACAGCUCUGUGGCCCUCUUUUAUCUUUUUCGUGGCACAGGGAUGUAUAUGCUGCUGACGGGUUGCAUUUGAUGCCUCACAAGGACAUUUAUAUCGCUAGUGGACUAGAACAGCCCAUGUACUUAACAAAUAUUCCCUGAAACCCAUCAUCUUGUGACAUGAGCAGAUGCUGCUUCCUCUCUCUCGCCUGCUAACAGCCUUUCAAUCCACACCUGCCAUUUCUAGCCAGCAGUCCUCAAGGAGGCCACCCCUCCAGUCAAUUCAUGUUUCCUCUGGAGCGAAACCUUUGGAACCGGCGAACGGCCUGUUUUCACUCUUGUCAGAGGGGAAGAGGAAGGCAGCUCGGUUGGGGGGUCGCAUUCUUCCCUCUCCCGUGAGGUGCUCGUUGCCCCAGAAGAGGCUUUCUCUUCUUCCAGCCUUAACCUCUCUUCUGCCAGGCAAGGUGCUACCAGGGAAAGAGCCCACCAGCCCUUGAACUCCAGGCUGGCUUCCUCAGGGGUGCUGCGUUUGAUCCACCCGGGGCUGGAGGGGAGGCUGCCAAAGCGGGAUUGCCAGAAACUCCUUUGUAGGCCCAUCUUUUCCGUCAUCAUUUCUUCCCAGGCUCUCUGCCACACUAGUUCCGACAGGCAGGUCACCUCUAUAGGCUGAGGGCGCUGGGGUGCAUUCCCCUGCCUGCCCCCUUUCGCGCUGCUGGAAAGAGGGUUUUAAGCAGUUGGGUGCUCAGCAGACAUACAGGUGGUGCUGGGUGAACCUUGGCCUGUGUAAUGAGAAUGCCCCCUCCCCCCCCCCCCGAGUCAUCAGGCCCCACUUUUCGGACGCGGGUAGGGUUCUUUGUGAUCUUUUCCAGGCCCAGCUUGAGAAGGAGGUGGGGGUACUGGGCAAGGGCUGCAAUAUGAGGAGGGGAGAAUGAGAAAGUAGGAGCACAUUGGAGGGGAACACGUGCCAAAUAAUUCAUCACAUGUGUCCUUUGAACUUGCCCUUCUUCGGCUGAGCUAUGCAAAAGGACUGUGAAAGAGAUGGGGGCCAAGGGAGACAGAACCUCCCCGUAUCACUGGCACAGGGCAGCUGGGCUCAGUGUGCUGAAUUUGCAGCAAAGCAGCGUCCCCGUCCCCCCCCCCCCAACCACCAGAUGUGUAGAACCGAAGGCAACAGCCUCCUUGUAGCGAACCAGUUGGCCUGGGUUGCUCAUGACUUGGGGGAGCAGGGAUGUUGAGGGGCCAGGCAGGGCUUGCAAAUCCUUGACUCGCUUGUUUUUUUAAUUAACUCUCCUUAUCUGAAUUCAAUGGGUGACUGUGACUUGUGGGUGGUUUUUUCUUUUUCUUUUAUAGAGCAUCAGUAUACGUGUAGAUUUACCGGUAGCAGCUUCGUACUUUGUGUGUCUCUCCAAAACAACACAGAGAACUAAGAACCCUUUUGUGGACUUUUUAAAGUGCUGUAUAAGGUAGAAAGGCAAGGGCAGGUGUCUGUGCGAGUCCCAGGAGAUGGGAGUUCCGUGCCUGGCAUUCUUGGUAUCGAGCUUUCUUCGGAGGGCUCCUUAGUUUGGAUGUCAACACCCUCCCACUUAGGAACUUCUGAAUUUGUUCUGAAAGAGAGAGAGAGAAAACUAAACUGGCUGACCGACAUCUUCCCCCUUUCAGAUGAGGGGGAGCCAUUUUGCACACAAGACUUUCAUAACUUGGAUUGGGGUGUGCACCAAUCCUCUGAAAAUCCUGGGGAUGGCUUGGAAACUCAUCCCUGCAGCCAGCCAAAAUGGUUGCAUCUCUCUCUCUCUCUCUCUCUCUCUCUCUCUCUCUCUCUCUCUCUCUCUGCUGCAAGACAGCUUGGCCUCACUUAUGGAGCAGCCCAAUACAAAAGGGGGAAACGUUAAUAAUCGUGGAGAAGUAGACGAUGUUUUUUGGCAGGCUGGUCGGAAAGACCCUGCGCCUCUUAACAUUUUCUGUUCUCCACAGUCGUCCAAGGUAACAGGAACCUCACUGUCGUCUUUUUCAUCCAGCCAUAUAGCUCGCUUAGCUAUGAAUUAUCCUUUGAGCUGCUUUGUUGCUUUCUUAAGGAAAAGAGGCCAAGUCUCCCCACCCUGGUGAUACACACAAAAAUAGAGCAGGAGCUCCCCCCCCCCUAUCCUAGCUGAGCAAGGCUACUUCUGUUCCAUGUCUUUUUUACCUGCAGGACUCUUUCAGGACGCCCUCCACAGACACCAACUGCUCCUUCUCUUUUGCCAAAACUUUAUUUCAAUGAGUACUUAAAAAGUUGAUCUUUUUUUUUUAAUUUAAUAAGGUUUUUUUUAAAAAAAACACACAUUUAUUUCAUAUUUUUUUGUAAAAGAAAAGAAAUUCCCAGCUUCAUGUUGGAUAUUUUGUGCUUUUAAUUUCUCUCUUUCUGGUUUAUUGUUCUCAUUUGCCAAAUCCUGAUAUCAUUGCCAAAAGCAAAUGGAAGUUCGUAAAGACUUUUAGGAAAGUUUUUAAAAAAAAUCUGUGUAUGUAAUUGUAGGCUUGAUCACCUUUCUCUCUAAUUUCUCCUCCUUUUUAAUUUUGUAAUUUCUUCAUAUUUCCAGUGUGCCAUAGACCAAUUUCUUGCACAGUGUUUAAUAUUUUGUGGAAUUGCUGUUUUAAGGGGGGAAAGUGAAUUGAUAACACACCGAAUUAAAAAAAGCCCUCACUUUU